UAACGGAAAUAUAUUUUGCCAUAAAGUAAUUGUUUUUAGAUGCAAUUUGUAUUUUUGCUUUACUCGUGACAAUUUAAUCAUUAAACAUGAAGUAUAAAAGUUUCAUAUUUGUUAUUAACAUGUUUGUAUUUCAAUUUAUGAUCAGCAACGGAGAAUUAGAUAAGUGCAAUGGUGAACCAUCUUGUGGCCAGUGUAUACGAUCAAGUACCGACUGUGGUUGGUGUAGUGCAGAAAAUUAUGACUCAUUUCGUUGUGCUCUUAUUGGCAACUUGAAUAAAUUAGGAUGCAGAAAUGAGUCGAUAGAGUUUCCAAAAAAUAAAAUGGAAAUCAAGCAGAACAGAGAAUUGAGUUGGGCCAAAGCAGCUUCGAUAAAUGAAGCAGUUCAAAUAAAACCACAGUUGAUUAAAUUGACAUUGAGACCUAAAAAGUACGAAACCGUCAAAAUGUUUUAUCGACAGGCUGUUGAUUAUCCAGUCGAUCUAUAUUACUUGAUGGAUGUAUCAAAAACUAUGUCAAAACACAAGCAAAAACUAGCAGAGUUGGGAAAUGAACUUGCUAAUCAAAUGGGACUGAUUACGAAAAACUUUAGACUUGGCUUUGGUUCGUUUAUCGAUAAAAACAUUCAGCCUUUCACUGAUACUAAUCCACAAAAACUCAAAAAGCCAUGUGAUGAGUGUUCUAGUUCGUAUGGUUUCAAGCACAGUAUGUCUUUGGAUACCAAUGUAACAAAGUUUAUAAAACUGGUUAAAGAAAGUCCAAUUUCUGGUAACAUUGAUGCACCUGAAGGGACACUUGAUGCGAUUAUGCAGGCAAUUGUUUGUCGAGAAAGGAUUGGUUGGAGGAAAGAUGCGAGACAUUUACUGAUUGUCACAACCGAUGCUGAUUAUCACUAUGCUGGAGAUGGAAGGCUUGCAGGAUUGAUAAAACCAAAUGACGAGGAAUGUCAUCUUGAUUCACAAAACUUUUACUCAGCUGGAAAUGAGCAAGAUUAUCCUUCGAUUAACCAAAUCAAUAUGGUUUCUCAGGAAAAUAAUGUUCACAUAAUAUUUUCAAUCAUAAGAGAAAAGAUCGCUAAAUAUGGAAAGUUGGUAAAGAAGAUAAAAAGCGCGAGUUUAGCUGAAUUAUCGAGUAACUCUGCGAAUAUUGUUGACAUAAUCAAAGGAGAAUAUCAAAAGCUCACAUCGAAUAUUCAAUUGGUCGAUAAUAGUUCAGAUCACUUGAGAUUGACUUAUUACUCAUCUUGUCUUAAAAAGGGAAUCUCUGACGACAAUUUAAACCUUGUUCAGCCACCAAUAUGCGAAGGACUGCAAGUUGAUUCUCAGGUAAUGUUCAAAGUGAAAAUUGAAUUGAUUUCAUGUCCAAACAGAGUAUCUGAAAGGAAAGAAGUGAUAAAAAUAAAUCCCAUUGGAUUGGAAGAAGGGCUGAUUAUUGAAGUUAACAUGAUAUGUGAAUGUGAUUGUGAAAAGACAAAAGAAACAAAAAAACACAUCAGCAAAUGCAACAGCAAAGGAGAUUACAUUUGUGGUAAAUGCAAUUGUCAUCAAGGAAGCUUUGGUUCAGACUGUGCGUGUGAUGGUGAUGAUCGUAAAUCUUUUGAGGAAUGCUUUAAAGAUACUAAUGAUACUGAACCUUGUUCUGGUAGAGGUGUGUGCAAAUGUGGCGAGUGUAAAUGCUAUUCAGUAAAGGGUCAUGCAUAUACUGGAAAGUAUUGUCAAUGUGAUGACUUGGCCUGUGAAUAUGUCGAUGGACAAAUAUGUGGAGGCAUAACUAGAGGUGAGUGCAAGUGUGGUAAAUGUGAAUGUACUGAUCGCUACACAGGAUCUGUUUGUGAAUGUCCAAAAUCAUCACAAAAAUGCAUCGAUCCAGUAACCAAAACGAUUUGCAAUGGUCGAGGUACUUGCAAUUGUGGUAAAUGUGAUUGUCAACAAUCUUAUUUUGGUUUGUAUUGUGACGAAUGUCCAACCUGUCUUGGUCAAUGUCCAUUAUAUCAAGAUUUAAUUAAACAACAAAUAAAUAAUGGAACGCUUGAAAUGACCAGUUCAUUAACAUUAACUUCUACCAACUACUCAAUAAUUUCAACAUUGGUAAAUGAUUUAAAAGAAGAUUCAAGGGACAAACGCUGCCAGUUUGUUGGCAAAGACGAUGACUGCGCUUACAUGUUCACUUAUCGCUAUGAAGAUGAAACUUUGAUAAAACCUUCAUUAAAGAAUAAAAUAAGCGAAAAUCAACGAGUAAUAAUGAAAGCUUUAAAAAUCCGUAAAUGUACCCAACCGAUUGAUUUGAAGGCUUAUGCAGCUGAAUAUAUUGGAACAAUAGUUGUCAUUGGAUUAAUUACUCUUUUAAUUUGGAGAAUCAUUACAUUUAUGUUAGAUAGACAUGAAUAUCAAAAGUUUCUGAAAGCUUGCGCAAAUAUUGAUUUUCCUGAGAACCAAAAUCCGCUUUUUAAACCAUCCACAUCAACGUUCAAAAAUCCUGCUUAUGAUGAAUCCACAUGAAGGCCAAGACAUGCUGACUGGAUCUGCAUCCAUGACAAAUCCAUGCAUUCGAAAAAGAGCGUUUGGAAAUUCUAAUAACUCGAAUCCUUAAUUUCGUUGCGGUUAUAAAAAUAGAUUUGUCAAAUAUUUUUUAAUAUUAGUUUUUUUUGAUAUAAGUUGAUUUGUCUCUCAUUAUAAAUUAUUUUCAGAGGUUUUGUUAUCUUUAUCGCUGUCCAUAGAGCUGCCUUCUUUACAGCUACCAUUGGUAGUAUUGUUAAUAUUAGCAUCACCAUCUGUAAGUUUGUGAGAUAGUUGAUGCUUCAGCAUCGAUAUGAGGGAGCAAUAAAUUCUAUUACAAAUGCCA